GCCUCAGGCAGCCGCACAGCGUGCGGGCUGCAGGCGUUCGGAAGGAAUGCACAGCCUAGGCCGCUGGCUGGGCUGGCUGGGGCUGGCGCUCUGUAUGCUCCGGCUGAAGGCAGAUUUGAUUACUCAUUUAAACCCUCCGAAACCAGAGCUCUCCUCCCACCCCUGCGUCUUUCCGUUCACCUACGGCGACGUGACGCAUUACAGCUGCACCUCCGUCCACAGCGACUUCCACUGGUGUUCCCUCGACAGUCAGUUCCAGGGCAGGUGGCGCUACUGCACAUCCAGCGAUCCUCCACAGUGUAGUUUUCCCUUCUUCUUCAAAAGUAAGGUCUUCCACAUGUGCACCAAGGAGGACUACAUUUUGGACCGGAGCUGGUGCUCAUUGACCAAAAACUACAACAAAGACAAAAAAUGGAAGCAGUGUUCCCCUCACAAUGGAUUUUCCUCUCUGGGAGUUCUUUUGAGCAGUGACUCAAAAAGAAACCCUCCAAUAUUUAGAUAAGCCUUGGUGGAGUUGAAGAUACGGAAGUCAGCGACCCAUCAGUCACCUGUCAAAACAGCAUCCUGUGCUUCCUGCCUGCCCAGUGCUGACCACUCUGGCCAACAAACAGGUGAUCGCCUCUCCACAGGAAUGACUACUUUACUUGGACGGAAAAAGACCCUUCUCAGUGGCAAUUUAUUUAAAAAUAAAUCUUUGAAAGAAAGG